AUGAUGAUUGAGAAAACACAACACUCUUCUUCGGAAUUGGAAGAAAUUACCAAACAAUGGUAUCAUCAACAAGAACAAUGCCAACACGUGAUGAAACAUCUUCGCGAGCGUGAGAAUAUUGUGAGUGGUGCGGAUUGGAUGGAAUAUUUAGCACGAGUGUAUCGUGAAAGGCUUGCGAUUCAGACGGUUCAUGAAGACUUGUCUUCUCAACCUUUGAUUACUUUUGAAAAGAUGAAUCAAAUGGCGAAUCAAUUAGCAUAUUAUUUAAUCGAGGAGAAGGAAAAUGUUCCAAUUUCGGAGAGUCAAGUCAUGACACAAGGUGAUGUGGUGUGCUUGCUUAUGGAAAAUUGUGUAAAUUUUAUUCCUACUUGGGGAGGAUUAAGCAAGUUGGGAUUGACCAUUGCUUGUAUCAAUACUAAUUUGACAUCUGACAGAAUGAAGCAUGCUAUUGAACUUUCAGGAGCAAGAGCAAUAUUUGUGUCCCGAAGAAUGCUUCCAGUUUUUGAGAAGGCAAAACACGAAGAGCAAGAAUUUGAAAUUGCAACCAGAAAAGCAUCGAUUAGAGAUUUUAAAGUUUACAUUGUGGAAGAUUUAAUUCAUUUUGACAAUUCUCGAGUUUUAGAAAAUCCAGAUCGUUCAAAAUAUCGAGGAAACAUUACUGGAGAAGAUGCCUUAUUUUACAUUUAUACUUCAGGAACGACUGGUAAGAGUAAAUGUGCUAGAUUCUCUCAUAGAAGAUUUAUUGGAGCAGGUGUGACAUGGUCCAUUCAAAUGGAUCUCGUUAAGGACGACAAGUAUUACAUUCCUUUACCUCUCUACCACGGAAAUGGUGGUGUUGUAGCAGUUUCUGCCAUUUUACUAGUUGGAGGAUGUUGUGUCUUGAGAGAAAAAUUCUCUGCAAGUAAUUUCUUGAAUGAUAUUCGAACCUUUGGAUGCACUGCUACCAUUUAUAUUGGAGAAUUAUGGAGAUACAUGUAUAACACUCCUGAAAAAGAAAAUGAUGCAGACAAUCCACUUCGUGUUGCUGCAGGAAAUGGACUCAGAAAAGACAUUUGGGAGCGUGUCAUGAAACGUUUUGGAAUUUCAAAAAUUGUGGAACAUUAUGGGCAAACAGAAAUGUUAAGUGCUCAUCCCAUGAUUAAUUCCUACAAUCGAGCUGGGUCGUGUGGAUUUAUUCCUUUUGAUUUGUGGACCAAUCAAAAGAAGGAAGUUCUUGUCACGUAUGAUUUUGAGACAGAUUCUAUUAAGAGAGAUCCAGUGACAGGGUUUUGUGAAAUUGCUGGACCCGGAGUGCCUGGAGAAGAUAUUACACAAAUUCCAGAAAUUUACAAGGCCUACAAUUCACACCAAGAUAAUUUAAAGAAGGUCUAUCGAGAUGUUUUUGAAAAGGGAGAUAUUUGGUAUAGAAGUGGAGAUGUAUUGAAAUAUGACACGGAUGGAUUCUUUUAUUUUGUCGAUCGUCUUGGAGAUAGUUUUAGAUGGAAGGGAGAAAAUGUGUCAACGACAGAAGUUUGUGAGGCCAUUACAAAAGCUCUUGACCACCAUAUUCCGUUGAAAGAGGCCAAUGUCUAUGGCGUGCAAAUUCCUCAUUGUGAAGGUAGGGCUGGUAUGGCACGUUUAUUGCUGGAUCAUUCGGUCAAUGUUGAUUCGUUGGACACUGAAUUUUUGGUGGCUGAACUCAAGAAGCAUUUACCACAUUAUGCCAUUCCACUCUUCUUGCGAGUGUCGACAACAGAGAGUGACAAGACGAGUACACUGAAAUUUAUCAAGAGUCACUAUCAGGCUGAAGGUUUUGAUUUGGACAAAGUAGGUCAAGACAAGAUUUUGUUUUUAGAUCCAACCACCAAGAACAAGUACACUACUCUGAGCAGAGAAGUAUUCCAAUCGAUUGUGGAGGGCAAAAUAAGAUUGUAA